AUGAGCUCCGUCGUCUAUCUCAUGAUCCGUGAUGAUUUCUCCGUCCUAUCUUUUGGAUUUGCCGACCAAAAUGUGAUUUUAUGGUCGCCUGUGAAGUUUGGUGGACUUUGGUCACGCCGUUUAGGAGUUGGCCGUAAUUUGGUCUCCUUGUGCGCGGUCUUUUGGAGCAUUCUGGAGCAUAUGGGACAUGAGGAGCAUGGAGGGACUUGGCACAUGGAAGCAGCUCAACUGGAUACGCAAAGGAAGAAGGGAGAAGCCAUCUUGAAGACCAGCUCGACCGUCUACUCGACCAACCGGUCGAGUUCCUCAACUCGACCGGCCAAGCUUCAACUCGAUCGAGCUGAGAAGUCAAAGUCAAACCCGAAAAAUGUUGCUUCCCCCUUGACUUUCCUUUGA